GUCGGUCGAAAUUUAAAAAAUGUCAGUGAUCUUAUAUUUUUCGAUCGGUAUUUUAAGUAUCAUCCUGUUAGUGCUCUUUGACUACGUAAACAAUUUUCAAUUUUAUAAAGAUGGUGACAAAAUGCCUGGGCCGAAGGCGUACCCUAUUAUAGGAAGUGCUCAUCUUUUUCUAGGAAUGGAUGUCAUUACUACGCACGAAAAGUUAUUAAAAAUAGCUGAAGAAUAUGCUUCUCCAUUUCGAGGGUGGCUGGGCAAUCAAUUAUUUAUUUUCAUCCACGAUCCUGAUCAAAUAAAAACUGUUUUGACAAGUCCACAAAGUUUGGGGAAAGCUUCUCUCUCCAGACUCCUUCGGCCUUGGUUCGGAAAUGCAUUGCUUAUUGCUCCAGUUCCAAUGUGGCGUGUCCAUCGUAAAUUAAUUCAACCUGCUUUUAAUUUUCAAAUUCUAAGAAAAUUUGUGCAUAUAUUCGAUGAACAUGCAAAAUUAAUGGUUAAGAAAAUGGAAGAAGAAUUGGAUCGAGGUGAAUUUGAAGUUCGAUCCUAUUUGAUACCUUUUGCUUUGAACGUGGCUUUAGAAACUUCAAUGGGCUUAUCCAAAAAUUCCGACCUCAACAUAAGCGGAGAAUUUGGUGUAUGUGUAGAUAGAGCCUUCGAAUUGACAAUGAAGCGAGGGUUCAGGCCUUGGUUACAUCCCGAUAAAAUUUUCAAUUUAACCAAAAUGUCAAAAGAUUUUUACAGGAGUGUUAAAGAAAUGCACAGAGUAACACAUGCUAUAAUUGCAAAGAAAAAACAUGAAUUCGAAAAACAUGGUAAAGCUAAAAAGGAUGAAAUUGAGAAUCAAAGAGAAGGGUUCUUGGAAUUACUCUUAGACCUACAAGAUAAACAGAAAUUCUCUGAUCAACAAAUUUGUGACGAGGUGAACUUCAUGGUAAUGGCAGCGUAUGAUACAGUAUCAAUUUCUCUUCAGUUCGUAUUGUUGAUGUUGGCAUACCACCCUGACGUACAGGAAAAAGCAUAUCAGGAGUUGAGGCAUAUUUACGGUGACGUUAAUCCAGAAAAUGUUUUGAUUACGAGUGAUGACUUAAGAGAAAUGAAAUACACAGAAAGAAUUUUUCAAGAAUCAUUGAGACUGUUUCCAUCCGUAGCAUUCGUUUUGCGAAAAAUAGAAGAAGAUCUUCACGUAGGAGGCUACAAAUUGCCGAAAGGUUGUACGGCUUUCUGCUCUAUAGCAAAAAUACAACGUGAUGAAAAAUAUUGGACUGAUCCACUGAAGUUUGAUCCUGAUAGAUUUCUUCCAGAAGAAGUCGCGAAACGGAAUCCAUACUGUUAUUUGCCCUUCAGUGGAGGACCAAGAAACUGUAUAGGUUCUCUACAUGCCAUAAUGGAGAUGAAAACUGCUUUAACGAGAAUUCUUCUUAAAUUUAUUGUAAGAAAGAAACACAUCGAACCCAUCAAGAACAUUAAGCAAAGAGGGGAAAUCGUAUCUCAUCCACUUGAACCAGUUAAAAUAGAAAUUGUGAGAAGAUUACCAAAGACAUCUGCGUACGAAAAGUUAUUGGAAAUAGCUGAAGAAUAUGCUUCUCCAUUUCGAGGGUGGCUGGGCAAUCAAUUAUUUAUUGUAAUCCACGAACCUGAUCAAAUGAAAACUGUUUUGACAAGUCCAAAAAGUAUGGGGAAAGCUCUGUCCAGACUCCUUCGGCCUUGGCUGGGUAAUGCAUUGCUUGUUGCUCCAGUUCCAAUGUGGCGUGUUCAUCGUAAAUUAAUUCAACCUGCUUUCAAUUUUCAAAUUCUAAGAAAAUUUGUGCAUAUUUUCGAUGAACAUGCAAAAUCAAUGGUUAAGAAAAUGGAAGAAGAAUUGGAUGGAGCUGAAUUUGAAAUUCGAUCCUAUUUGAUACCUUUUGCUUUGAACGUGGCUUUAGAAACUUCAAUGGGCUUAUCCAAAAAUUCCGACCUCAACAUAAACGGAGAAUUGGGUGUAUGUGUAGACAGAGCCUUCGAAUUGGCAAUGAAGCGAGGUUUCAGGCCUUGGUUACAUCCCGAUAAAAUUUUCAAUUUAACCAAAAUGUCAAAAGAUUUUUACAGGAGCAUUAAAGAAAUGCACAGAGUAUCACAUGCUAUAAUUGCCAAGAAAAAACGUGAAUUCGAAAAACAUGGUAUAGCUAAAAAGGAUGAAAUUGAGAAUCAAAGAGGAGGGUUCUUGGAAUUACUCUUAGACCUACAAGAUAAACAGAAAUUCUCUGAUCAACAAAUUUGUGACGAGGUGAACUUCAUGGUAAUAGCAGCUUAUAAUACAGUGUCAGUUGCUCUUCAGUUCGUACUGCUGAUGUUGGCAUACCACCCUGACGUACAGGAAAAAUUAUAUGAUGAGAUGAAGCAUAUUUACGGUGACGUAAUUCCAGAAAAUGUUUUGAUCACGAGUGAUGACUUAAGAGAAAUGAAAUACACAGAAAGAAUUAUUCAAGAAUCAUUGAGACUUUUUCCAUCCAUAGCAUUCGUUUUGCGAAAAAUAGAAGAAGAUCUUCAUGUAGGAGGCUACACAUUGCCGAAAGGUUGCACUGCUUUCUGCUAUAUAGCUAAGAUACAUCGUGAUGAAAAAUAUUGGCCUGAUCCACUGAAAUUUGAUCCUGAUAGAUUUCUUCCAGAAGAAGUCGCGAAACGGAAUCCAUACUGUUAUUUGCCCUUCAGUGGAGGACCGAGAAACUGUAUAGGUUCUUCACUUGCCAUAAUGGAGAUGAAAACUGCUUUAACGAGAAUUUUUCUGAAAUUUAUUGUACGAAAAAAGCACAUCGAACCCAUCAAAAACAUUAGGCAAAAACCGGAAGUCGUAUCUCAUCCACUUGAACCAAUUAAAAUAGAAAUUGAUGAGGAGAAAGAUACCAGGGCCCUCAGCCUUGGUUUUUCACGCAGUAGCAAAACCAUGGCCUACGAUCAUAGUUUUACUACUCGUCGUGCGAACAUGGAUCUCCCUCCUCCUCCUAACUUGUAA